AUGGAGUGCGGCUUUUUACUAUAUGCGGAGCACCUCUGUGAAAACCUUAGUGGUACCAGCUCUUCAUCAUGCGAAUUCCUGCACGAAAUGGCCAGAACAGCGUGGCGGAAAAUUUCAACACAUGAGAAGCAGGUGCCACAGAGCCCACCUAGGAAACUUGUGUGCGUCGAUAGGAAAAUCUUCGCUUCAGAUCUGGACCAGCAAAGCACUGGAGCUGGCACUGCUGGAUCCCGCCGACAGUGCUUCGACAUAGCCACAAAUAUCACAAUGAAAGGCGAUUACUAUGUGUGA